AUGAAUUUCCUUUCCCCUAAUGACCAUCUCCCAAGGAAUGAUUCUAAUGGAUCAACUUGUGAAAUCCAAGAUGGCUUUCUUGCAGGGACUCUGCCUGUGAUGUACUCAGUCAUCUCCACAUUUGGUUUCUUCAGCAACAUGCUGGCCCUCUGGGUGUUCCAGUUUGGCACACAGAAGACAAACUCCAUCACGGUGUACAUGAAGAACCUUGCCAUCUCAGACCUCUUGCUUGCCCUCUGCCUGCCCUUCCGGGCUGCUUAUCAAAAUGAGAGUGGCCCUCCCAUCCUGUGCAAAGUGGUUGGCACAGUCUUCUAUAUCACCAUGUACAUCAGCAUCCUGCUCCUCAGCCUGAUCUGCCUGGACCGCUACCUGAAGAUCAUCUGGCCCCUCCAGCAGUUCCGGAUCCACAAAGUACCUCACAGCACUUCUGCCUCCAGAAUGGUAUGGCUGCUCUGCAUUGCCAUAAUGCUGCCAUACUUUUUCAACAAGGGCAACAGCAACGACCCCUGCAGCCACAAAUGCUUCCACUUCAAGAAGAGAGGAGCUCUGGCAGCAGUGCUCAACAUGACAGCAGUGCUCCUUUUCUUCUGCCUGUUGCUGUUUUUCCUUUACUCUUACAGCAAAAUCUCUCUUAAGCUCCACACAGCAUCCUUAAGGAAAAGUAAGCGGGUUAGCAGCAGAGCCACUCUGAAGAUCUCUGUGGUCCUGCUCGUCUUCACAAUAUGCUUUGCCCCCUACCACGUGGUCCGAGUGCCUUACAUCUUUGCCCAGGUAGGGGUCUUUUCUGCUGCAGAGAGUGUUCAGGCCCUCCACUUUGCCAAUGAAGUUGUCCUUUGCAUCUCAGCCCUCAACUGCUGCUUCGACCCCAUUAUUUUCUUUUUUCUGUCCAGCAAUUUCAAGAGGGCUCUGCUGGCAGCCACCCAUGGAAAACUGAAAGGAGCUCUUCAGAAGAACCCAGACAUGUCAGGCAACAGAAAAUCCAUCACAAACUCCAGAUUGCAGGACAGCUGA